GGAGCCAAAGCGGCCGGCCAGGCUUUUGCUUCGGCUCUCCUUGGAUCGGACUGGAGGGAGGCUGGAGGGACAAACGGUACACCAGAUUUUACCGCUUGCUUUUCAGGAACUGAUGCCCCCACCAUGCCAGCUUUCAGGCAAGUCGGGGAGAAGCAGCUUCCUCAAGAGGUCAUUUUUAUGGCCUGGUCUCCUAAAAGGGAUCUGAUUGCCCUGGCAAACAAAGUAGGGGAGGUUUUGCUUCACCGCCUGGCAAAUUUUCAGCGAGUUUGGAGUUUGCCGCCAAAUGAAAGCACGGGCAAAGAAGUAUCCGCGCUCGCCUGGAGACCAGACGGCAAAAUUCUGGCUUUUGGACUUGCGGAUACGAAGAAAGUUAUUCUGUGUGAUGUGGAAAAACCAGAGAGCUUGCAUUCUUUUUCGGUCAGCGUUCCUCUCACGUUCAUGUACUGGAUGGAAGUUACGGAGGAAAACAGCGUUCUCACUUCGUUUUAUAAUGCUGAAGACGAGUCCAGUCUUCUCCUUCCUAAGUUGCCUGCCUUGCCAAAGAACUACAGCACCACAGCAAAGAUCUUCAGUGAAGAGAAAUCCGACGAAAUUAUGAAACUCAUGGGCGACAUCAGGCUUAAUGCCCUGGUUCUUGGAGGCAUUGAUGGGUUCAUUGAGAUCUAUGCUUACGGAAUGUACAAGAUUGCGACAAUAACAGGGGUACGUAUCCUUUCACUGUCCCUCUCGUCCAGUAAAAAAAAUGUUCUUCCCUUCAGAGUGCUAAAGAUGACUCAGAAGGACAUCACUUUUGUGGCUGAUUUUCUGACGGAGCACUUCAAUGAAGCACCUGAGCUCUACAGUCGAAAAGGGAAAUACUUUAACGUGGAAAGAGUUGGGCAGUAUUUAAAAGACGAAGAUGAUGAUCUCGUAUCUCCACCUAACACCGAUGGAAACCAGUGGUUUAAUUUCCUUCAAAGUAGUAACAGUCUUAAAGAAAGCCCGUUGUUGUUUCCAUACUACCCUCAAAAAUCACUGCAUUUUGUAAAGAGGAGAAUGGAAAGCAUCAUUGAUCAGUGCCUCCAAAAGCCAGCUGAUGUGAUUGGAAAAACGGUCCGCCAGGUGUUUUGUAUGCCUUUAUACAGGGCCUCUAAAAGUGACGAUUCGACGUCUCAGCUGCUUAAGUUGCCCUUUUUAUGGCACGACAAAUCUUACAGUUUGCAUUAUGUUUUAUUCACGAUGUUAGAGAACUCAGUUUCCAAACUCUACAUCCUGAGAAGGCAUACAGACAUUUCAAGGUCCACUAAUAACGGACUGCUCGCUGUGGAGUUUGGGAAUUUCUUGAACAAAAGUAUUAACGAAAGUAAUGAAAGCAGCUCCUACAGCUGUCUGGAUGCUCAUUUUUACGAUGACGAAACGAUAACCGUCAUCCUGGUGGAAAAUUCAGAACAAGAGGGGAAGGAACGGAUUUUGGCUCAGUUGCCUUUGUCAUCUAUCUGUACGGAGGAGAACCAGGGGAUGGAGUUUAACUGGAAUUCUGGUCAAAGGUUAGAUAUGCAGCGUGACAGCAUCCCUACUUGUACAGUAAACACAGAGACUCAGUGGAGGGUGCUGGAGAACAUGAAGGCUAGCUACAUCACAGUGAACGGAAUCCGGAAAGUGUCUUGCGUUCUAAGUUCAAACCUACGGCACAUCCGGGUGUUUGAAAUGGAUGAAGACGAUGGAGAAGCUGAGGAGGAAGAAGAGGAAGAAGCCCCUCAGGCUGUCAGCCUACCUCAAGAAGAACUCAACCAGUCAACAGACACGGCGGAAGGAGACUAGGUCUUGGCUCAGCUGAGCUUGUAGGUGAGGUCCCACCGAGAACUUCUGAGAGGAAAAGAAACGUUCAUUUCAGGGACUUAGACAUUAGAGCAAAGAACUGGGAAUGUGAUCCUGCUGUUGGAAAGUACGGGAAAACUGUGUGCUUCUCUCUCUGUCUGGUUUUUAAAACUCACAUUCUGCCAACCUCUUGACAACUUGUAAAACAUUCCUACACUUGUUUCCAAGUUGGCAUAAGAAAGAGGGGAAUGGGGGAAAGGACUGGAGAAGCAUACGGCAAAUGAACUUAGAAGCACAUUCCAACCUUAUCUUAAACAAGAUUGUAGCUAAGCGACUAGAAAAACUUUAAUUGGAGAAUGUGAUGGAUGACACCUAGCCUGUGUACAUGCUUAAUUGUAGAAACUGACUUAUGGCACAUGGAAUACUGACAUUUCUGUUUCUUUGGUUAUGGCCUCCAUUGUCUGAAUAAUAUAGCUGAAAACAAACAAGUCUUCAGACAGACAGACAGACAGAAUCACAAGAGUUGGAACGGUCCUUGUAGAUCAUUUAAUCCAACCCCCUACUUCAGAUACUCCUGCCAACAUGGUUCUGCUUUUGAUAUUCCCACGGUUUUCUAAACUCCAUGGUCCCUCUUGUUUUUUCUCAGCAAGUUACGUCCUUUAGAUGUCACAAUUUUGUCAUUACAGGACGCAUUUUGUGUUUCAUUUGCCGGCAUCAUACGGAGGAGGGCGGCUGGGGAAGUAACCUCAUAACCAUAGCCACCAUCAUCUUUGAAAGGCAGGAAAAUAAAACAGCUAUUGUUUUGUAACUGCUUUUCAGUUGCGCUUUUCGUUUCACAAUUCCUGUCUCACCAACGUAUCUAUCGCCAAAUUAUUUCUCUGGUGCUUUAAUCCAAAACAAAUGUUCUUUUACAGCUUUAGUGUUUGCCUGCCUCUAAUCUCAAAGAAUGUCAUCUUAAAUAACUUCGGAGAAGCUUCAUUGUUCAGUUUCUGGUAAUUUCCAGCAUUGUGUCAAGAAUUAUGAAAGAGAGGGUUUUUUUUUCCCAAUUAAGGCUUGGAAGCACGAGGUGCCAUGCAACUGUAAAAAAUUAGGGAGUUAAAUUUCAGUUGGAAAACUACUG